GAGCAGUGGAUGACCCGCCAUGGACGGAACUACACAGAUAAUCUCGAGAAGGCGAAGCGGUACGGGAUCUUUCUAGAGACCUUGCGCUUCAUCGAAGACUUCAACCACGAAGCGACUAAACGAAGCUACAAAGUGGGUCUGAACCAAUUUUCGGAUUGGACCAUGGGCGAGGUCAUCGCGAGGUACACCGGGUUACGGCCUAGGUCGAAGAGCUCGAAUUCAUCAGCGCCGAAUACUUUCAAGUACCAAAAUGUGACCCAAGUCCCGAAUAGCGUAAACUGGGUUGAUCGGGGAGUUGUUGGCAGCAUAAAAUUCCAGGGUACAUGUGGAUCUUGCUGGUCAUUCUCAGCAGCUGCUGCUGUGGAAUCGAUCACCGCAAUAACAACCGGUGUACUACCCGACUUGUCCGAACAACAGCUGAUUAACUGUGCCACAAACGGAGGAAACCAUGGAUGCGAAGGCGGUUAUAUGGAUGAUGCCUUUGAAUACAUUGUCCAAAACCAAGGCAUUAGCUCCGAAGAAACUUACCCAUACGUAGGCAUCAACGGCACUUGCGACGCAAAAGCAGCCUCCGUCGCCGCCACAUGGAUAUCGGGGUAUGAAGACGUCCCCGUGAGCGAAGACGAGAUAUUAAAGGCUGUGGCGAUGCAACCAGUCUCCAUUUCCGUCGACAUGAGCAGCGACGGGUUCCGGAAUUACGUUGGGGGCGUCUUCGAGGGCCCUUGCGGGGCGAACUUGAACCACGCGGUUGUGAUAGUCGGAUACGGGACGACCGUGGACGGUGUUGACUAUUGGCUGAUCAAGAACUCAUGGGGUGUGAUGUGGGGCGAGGAAGGAUACAUGAGAAUUCUGCGAAACUCGGGCAUCCAAGGUGGUCUCUGUGGACUCGCUAUGGAAGCUUCUUAUCCAGUUGCAUGAGUAGCGCCGUUCAAUGGUGUUUUUCAGUUUGGUUUUGAAGAUUAAAGCAGUAUUGUUUCACCGGCAGGGCUGUG